AUGUCUUCACAGGCUCAAAUUUUUGACUACAAAAUACAAGGAAUGAGUUUUGUUAUGGCCGAUGGCACUACCCCCGUGAUGUUUAAUCUCAAUGAUAUCGAAGUUUGGAGCCUAUAUAAUAUCAACGCAUCCAUCAGUUACGGUGUUCAGGCCGGUGCAUGUGGUCUCUUGUUCAUCACCACAGCUAUACUCACAAGAAAUAAUAAAAGAGGCACGCCAGUUCAUAUUCUCAACCUACUUUCUCUACUUUUUGGAUUUAUACGAGCCUUCUUACAGGCCCUCUACUUUACUAGUAGCUGGAAUGAAUUUUACACUUACUUUUCAGGGGAAUUCAGCCAAAUAUCGACCCAAGACUACCUGAUAAGCAUCCUAUCUACAAUAAGCCAACUUUUUUUUGCCGCUUCUGUUACCUGCUCUCUUUUGCUUCAAGCACACAUAGUUACAAAACUUUUAUCUCGCAUAUGGCACCUUGUUAUCACUAGUCUAUCUAUCUUAGUGCUUCUACUUGGAGUCGGAUUUCGGUUCGCUAACGCUGUCUUGAAUUGUAUUGCAAUCAUCAAUAAAAAAUCAUACUAUUCUUUUCACUGGCUGGAAGUCUUGGUCUUAGCAACUGAAACUCUAACGAUCUGGUUUUUUAGCUUUAUCUUUACAGGAAAACUAUUUUACACAAUUUGGUCACGGAAGAAAUUAGGCUUAAAUAGAUGGGGCUACUUUCAGAUACUAAGUAUCAUGGGUACUUGUACAAUGAUAAUACCUUCUAUUUUUGCUAUUCUUGAUUACGUUGACUUCCCAACAUUCCCAUCGAUUGGUGCAUGGCCUCUUACAAUUGUGGCACUGCUACUACCACUUUCCUCUUUAUGGGCAUCUACUGUUAUCAAUGAACCAUCAUCAAAUCUUGGAAUUGCUGAACUUUUGACUGGGAAGCCUUGCACAAUUUGCAAGAGCUGUGCAUGUGGACCUCUUGAAGCUUCAUCAACUGCAUCAAGGCUAAAUUCUAUCUCUAACAGAGCCAGUGCCAAUACAGUUGGGACUAGUCGUAGCGCUACUUCCAAUUCCCAAACCAUAGGCGUUAGAGAUAGCCUUGAAGGCGAUCUACGACGAAUGGGCAUUAAUAGUUAA